AUGGACAUCCAGCAGGUGUGCCUCAGCAGCGCCGUCAGCGGCUCUCUCGUCGCUUUACUUUGCACGCCUUUCGAUGUUGUGAAGAACUACUGGCAGUACACGUCCGUGGCUUCUGCUGCUGCUGCUGCUGCUCCCGCUGCUGCUGCUGCUCCUGCUCCCGCUGCUGCUGCUGCUCCUGCUGCCGCCGCGUGGCGGUUCAACGCAGCAGCAGCGGCCGCGGCGCCCUGGCGGGAGCUGGCGAGCAGCAGCAGCAGCGGGGCCCCCAGCAGCAGCAGCAGCAGCAGCAGCAGGGGGGGCAGGAGCAGCAGCGUGAAGGUGGCGCUGAGCCUGUACCGCGCGAAGGGGCCCCUGGUGUUCUGGAGAGGAGUGGGCCCCGCCAUUUGUGUUUUAGUUCCUUCAAAUAUAAUUUUCUUUUCUCUUUAUGAAAGAAGAGACCCCGAGGGUUCUGCUGCUGCUGCUGGCGUUGCUGCUCGCACUGCAGCAGUGGUGUGCACGGCGCCCGUGGAGCUGGUGCGCACGCAGCUGCAGGCCCGCUGCUGCGCCCCCGCCCCCUGCAGCAGCAGCAGCAGCAGCAGCAGCAGGGGGCCCCGCAGCGCGGCGCUCGCGCUGCUGCAGCAAACCCUCAAGGCCGAGGGCCUCGGGGGCCUCUUCAAAGGAGUCCUCCCCACAGUAAUUCGAGACGCUCCUUUCUCUGCUUUCUACUGGCCCCUCACUGCUGCCACUUCCGAGGCCCUCACGCGCCUCUUCAGCAGCAGCAGCAGCAGCAGCAGCAGCAGCAGCAGCGCUGCGCAGGAGUUCAGGGACAGGGCCCUCAUUCCCUUCCUCUCGGGGGCCUCUUCAGCAGCAGUUGCUUGUGUCCUCACCCACCCCUUUGAUGUCCUCAAGACCCGCAUCCAGUCUGCGCAAAUGGGGCCCCCGGGGGCCCCCCCGGGGGCCCCCCCGGGGGGCCCCCGGGGGGCCUCCAUCGGGGGAGCCCCGCCCCGGGGGGGCCCCCAGGCCCCGGGGGGGGCCCCCAAGGGGGGCCCCCAGCCGGGGGGGCCCCUCGGGGGCCCCCAGGGCCUGUGGUGGGGCCUGCGAGCAGCAGCAGCAGAAGUCUACAGGGCCCAGGGAGUGCGGGGCUUCAGUGUGGGGCUGCUGCCGCGGCUGCUGAAGAUUGUACCCUCUUGUGCUGUGCUGCUGGCCACUUACGAGGCCACGAAGGCGCUGUGGGGGUCUUCGCUGCUGGACCAGACCUGA